CCUCUCUCAGUUUUCUCAUUGUAUUAUUCCCGCCAACUUCGCCGUCAUGUAUAUCUCACUAACAGCUAUUCUCAGCCUCGUUGGCGCCUCAACCCUCGCCCUGGCUAGCGCUGACCAGAAUGCCACUGACACUCUGGUAGACCUCAACAACCAGGCAAUUGAGGCUCUCCAGGAGAGUGAAAAUACGACCACGACGAAGAGAUCCAAUGGGUGCUCAAUCUUCAACGCGUCCAUUCGCCGGGACUGGAAGUACCUGUCUCCCAGCGAGAGGACCGCGUAUAUUAACGCCGUCACUUGCAUGACGACGAAGCCUUCCAAGGCCGAUCCUGCGUUCGCCCCUGGUGCUCGCACUCGAUAUGACGACUUUGUUGCCGUCCAUAUCAACCAGACCCUGAGCAUCCACGGCACUGGAAACUUCUUCACAUGGCACCGGUACUUCACCUGGGCCUACGAGACCGCACUGAGGACUGAGUGUGGCUACAAGGGUACCCAGCCUUACUGGAACUGGUUCGAGUCUGUCGAGUUCAAGGACUCGCCGCUCUUUGAUGGUAGUGCUACUAGCAUGAGCGGUGAUGGAACCUACGUUGCGCACAAUGGUUCCCUGUCUGGCCUCAACAACAUCUACAUUCCCUCUGGCAACGGCGGUGGCUGCCUCAAGGACGGUCCCUUCAAAGGCCUGACUGUCAACCUCGGACCUGUUUCCCCCGGUAUGGACGGCAUGGAGGUCAGUCCUACUGGUGCGCUGGGCUACAACCCUCGCUGCCUGGUACGUGAUUUGAGCCGCUACCCCGGCAAGACCUGGUUCACUGCCAGCAACCUGUUCAACCUCACCCUCGGAGCCGCCUCCGGAAGCAUCGCUCUAUUCCAGAACGAGUUCCAAGGCCGUUUCGGUGACGAGUUCCUCGGAGUACACGCCGCCGGUCACUUUACCAUGGGCGGCGACUCUGCCGACCUGUUCUCGUCUCCCAACGACCCCAUCUUCUUCCUGCACCAUGCUAUGGUCGACCGCAUGUACUGGGUCUGGCAGGCACUCCACCCCGCCAAGGCCAAGGACAUUGCUGGCACCAUCACCAUCCUCAACACCCCCCCUAGCCGUGAUGCCAUCAAGUCUGAUGCCUUGAACAUGGGCGUUAACGCUCCCGAGAUUACCAUCGGCGAUGCCCUUGAUACUCUUGGCAACUCACCUUUCUGCUACAUCUACCUAUAAAGGUAGACGUCUAUAGGCACAUGCCAUCAACAUGGUAUGAUCACUAUCGCUUCGGAUGGAUGAUGGGCUCCGGGCAAUAUUUGCUUCCAAGGUCCAUUCCUAGAAGAACCGUGGAUUAUACAUGUUCAAGACGUUCUAGUAUUGCAGCUUCUUCUAUUGUUGUGGCAUAGGCGAAGAAGCGUACUUGGAUGUUCUAAUUAAGGAAUACAAUUACAAUCUUUUUCAGAUGUACAUAUUAUGCUGGAUAGGUGGACAUAUAUCACUUAGAAUAAGUUUCUAAAACUACCUUGAUGAAAAGGUAUCACAAUCUAAUGUUAUUGAUUGAUAUAACUAUCACUGGUUAAUUAAGAAUUCAUGGCUU